AUGGCCUCGGUAUAUACGCGGCAGCCCUCGGACGUCAAAUCGUCGAGUAUGGCUCUCCGGGAACAGAUGUUCAGCGGUUGUGGCAAUGAGGGCCCCACCGGCCAUUCAGCUCAGAUGUGCCCUAUUUGUUUGCAUACUGCAUUCAUGAACUCAGGCGGCUGCGACCCGGUCUUCCUCUAUCCAGCUCACAACUGCUAUUGCGGAUGGUGUGCUGGAUGUGGUAGUUAUUUGUUCAAGCCAGUAGAGCACAGCACACCGAGCGGCUAUUGCGCGGAGAGCACGCAUCUCGAAACCGGAUACACAAAUGGAUACCUGACAGCUGCUGCUGACUCUGCCCAUGCUGUAGCAGACGAGCCGCUCCACCCGUGGGUCUAUGGCUUUGAUGGUCAGCCUAUCCCGCAACAGGAAUCUGUUCUGGAUAACGGCGGCGAUUGGGGUGUAGCUGGGGAGAGUCUAGGGCCUACUACUGUUCCAUCAUCGACCUUUCCCGGGCAGAUAAUCGCCUUAAAUGGUUAA